AUGAACUAUGUUGUAUCUAGCAUUGUAUUCUCAAUGGUAUUUAUGUACAUUGAGAGGAGAUCACAAUACUUUGCAAGGUACUUUGGAGUUGAGAGACAAUAUAUUGCAUUGGAUGCCAAGGGUCGUUCAAACUGGGAUCAGUUGACUGUCUCACUAGUUCACGCCCUCAUCGCAGUACCAAUAUCAAUGAAGAUAAACUAUGACUCUGUUGGUCAAGACCCAGUAUAUUACUAUAGUGAUUUGAUAUAUUACCAGUUUAUCAUAUCAGGUGGAUACUUCCUUUGGGAUCUCAAAGUUGGAUUGAGUGCACCAGACCUUGUUGGAAGAGUAAUGGUAUUCCAUGCUUGUUGUGGAGUAUUGGCAACACAAUAUGUCAAUUUACUUCAUGGUGGACCAUUAUAUGCAUGCUUCACCGCCAAGUUGUUCCUGUAUGAACUUAGUACGAUACCGCUGAAUAUUAAGGGAUUCCUACAGGUUGUCAAUCCAAAGUCCAAGUUCUAUGAAUGGACAUUGUUGUCAUUUGCAGUGUCAUUUAUUUUGGUUCGUUGUAUAUGGGGAGUGUACACUACAUUGAACAUGCUCAUCUAUAUCUAUCCAACACUGGACUCAUACCCAAUGGACAAGAACAUGGUGUUGAUAGGUGAGACCAUGGCAACAUCAUUGAUGAACCUCUAUUGGGGAGGUUUGAUAAUGACCAAAGUACUUCAACGUUUUGGUCGUCGACCAUCUUCGACUUCAUCAUCUUCAUCCAGCUCUUCAUCCUCGAGAACAUCUGGUAUUUCAAUAAAACAUGAUUGA